UAUUUCAGGACUCAGCUGUUCUAUCUGUCUGGAUCUUUUCGAGGAUCCAGUAGCUCUUCCCUGUGGACACAGUUUCUGUUUGAAGUGUAUCCAAGUCUACUCGUGUAAGCACUAUUGGAAUGGAGUCUUUAGCUGUCCUCAGUGUAGACAAAAAUUCACUUCAACACUUGUUUGGAGUAAAAACACCAUGCUGGCUGAAGUAGUGGAGACACUGAAGAGGAGACUUCAAUCUACACCUCCUGUUCAGUGUUCUGCUGGACCUGAAGAUGUGGAGUGUGAUUCCUGCACUGAGAGAAAACACAAAGCCAUCAAGUCCUGUCUGGUGUGUCUGGCCUCUUACUGUGAAACUCACCUCCAGCCUCACUAUAAAUCUCCUGCCUUUAAGAAUCACAAGCUGGUGGAAGCCUCCAGACGACUCCAGGAGCAGAUCUGCUCUCAGCAUGACAAACUGCUGGAGGUUUACUGUCGCACUGACCAGCAGUGUAUCUGCAUGUCAUGUAUGUUAGAUGAACAUAAAGGACACGAUACAGUAUCAGCUGCAGCAGGACGAGCUGAGAAACAGAAGCAAUUGUUGGAGAUGCAGGAAAAAUCUAAGCAGGCUAUCAAGGACAGAGAAAAGGAGCUUCAGAAGUUGAGAAAAGCUGUGGAGACUCAUAAGCAUUCUGCACAAACAGCUAUGCAGGAAAGUGUAAAAAUGUUUACUGAGCUGAUCAAAGCAAUUGAAAAAAGACAACUUGAGGUGACACAGCUGAUCAGAGAUCAAGAGAAAGCAGCUGUGAGUCAAGCUGAAGACAUCAUUAUGCAAUUGCAACAGGAGAUUGGAGAGCUGAAGAGGAGAGAUGCUAACCUAGAGAAGCUUUCACGCACUGAGGAUCCCAUUCAGUACCUCCAGAGUUUUCACUCUGUCCCAGCUGCUCCUGGACCUGCAAAUUUCACCACCACCACACACGGUUUUUCUCUAACUUUUGAGAAAGUGCUGAAGUCUGUGUCUCAACUGAGAGACAAACUAGAAACAUUUUUCAACAGCGAGUUUCAGAACAUAUCACCUGAAGUGUGGAAAUUACCAUUUAUGCUGAAUCUCUCCUAUGGCGAAUAUCAUGGGACUCAAGCCAUUCAUCCCAGUUCCCAGACCAGACCAAAAGCACAUCAGACUCAAAGCAGUGAAGAUGCAGAGAAAUUUUCCUUGGAGAAGAAGCCGACAAUGAAGGAGAGAAAGAGCUUGCAGCUGCCCCCUACCUAUUUUUAUGGUACUAGGAGAGAUUUAGGAACCGUGUUUGACAGUCUAAGUCUAGCGGACCUUGAAACAGAGCCACAAAAGCUUGAGGUAAACCCUGGAGAAAAAGAUGAGGAGGUACUUUUUAAGCAGUGGGCAAAACUGUUUAGAUGGGACCGUGAUCUUGACCAGUGGAAAGAUCGUGGAGUUGGUUAUAUGAACAUCCUCUUUCAUCCAGUGAAAAAGUACUACCGUAUCCUGAUGAGGCGUGACAAGAUUUUAAAAGUGUGUGCUAACCACAUCAUCACUAAAGACAUGGAGAUGAAAAGCAUGGCCAUAUAUGAUAACACAUUGGUCUGGAUGGCCAUUGACUACUCAGAGUGUGAUGCCAAGGUGGAGCAGUUUGCUGUCAAAUUCAAGACACCAGAUCUUGCUGAAUCCUUCAGGAAAAUCUUCACAGAUUGUCAGAGGAGUGGUUAUAUAACCAACCAUGAUGGCUCAGGUGGAAAGGAUAUCUACGGGGACGAGUUUCAGGAUGAAAACUUUGAAAUGCGCCACACAGGGCCAGGUAUACUGUCGGCCAAUCGUGGCAGAGAUACAAACUACUUUUUCAGAACAUUGAAAAAAAACUGAGCAUUUGGACUUCAAACAUGUGGCUUUUUGCAUUGUCAAAGACAAAGCUGGCAUAUGCAAGCAUAAUGUUGUUUUAUGUAAUGUAACACAACACUGUACAGAAAUGCAAUGAAGUAGGAAGUACAGAUAUUUGUUUAGGAUGUAGUGGAGCAAAAGUAAACUGUAACCAGUAACUUAAGUAAAGAUAAGUGAAAACUUCACUUAAGUACAAAUGUACUUAGUUACCUUGCACCUCUGUAUAAGUGACAUUACAGCAGUAAAAUAAGCUAGUAAUAGGGUUUAUGAUCCAGGCUAAUUUUAGCCAUUGUUCCAUAACAAAGCUAACAUUGGAAUUAUGUAUCACUGCCAAACACAUUUUUACAAGGAAUGUAACAAUUAUUUAAAUUAAUAUUCAUUGUUGCUAUAUUUAUUAUUAUUA